GGUUUGUUGUCCUACUUUGCAUUUUUAUCAUCUUUUAUUAGCUUAGGAGCAGGCGCUUCACGAACGAUUUGGCGAUAAACAUCGUGUUUUUGCAUCUUCGCGAUCAAAGCAUAGAGUUAUCUUUGCGAUUGAUGUAGGACUGUGAGAUUGUCCAUAAAGGUGGCUAAACUUAUAUAAUUGGGCCAAAUUUCGAAUUCACAACAUGCCUGUACCCCUAGCUUUGGCAGUACCAGCUGCCGCCGCCGGUCUGGCCUAUCUCAAUGCCAAAACAGCAUUCUGGUAUGACAAGGCAGUCAUAAGGGGCAUGGUGCCCGCGAUGUACAAGACCAGCAGACGCGAAUCAGCGGACCGGUGCAACCACUUCUAUCGUCUAGAAGAGAUCGCUAAAAGCAAGUCGGGCUCUCGCGUGGGCAUAUUAUUCGAGGACCGAUCAUGGACGUACGCUCAGAUGUACGAGGCCGCGCUCAAGUACGGAAACUAUUUCAAGACCAAGUUCGACCUGAAGCCUAAAGAUAUCGUCGCAGUGGAUCUCAUGAACUCCGAUCAUUUCCUGUUGAUCGUCUUUGGUUUGUGGUCCAUUGGUGUAAGGCCGGCACUCAUCAAUUACAAUCUGACUGGCGACGCGCUGUGCCAUUGCGUGACGAUAGCCAAAUCGGUGCUUUUGUUGGUUGAUGCCAAUGUCGAAUCAAAUGUGGAUGACACUGUCCGCCAGAACCUAGGAGAUUUGAGGAUUGAGAUUUUCUCGCAGGAUUUCAUCUCGGCGGCGUUAGCUGGAGAACCGGUACGGCCUCCAAACGAGGUUCGCUGUGGGGAGAAAGCUCGCGACAUGGCCGCGCUCAUCUAUACUUCGGGCACGACAGGAUUGCCAAAGGCGGCGAUUAUAUCUUGGGCAAAGGUCUCGACAAGCGGAUCGUUCGUAAGGGGGUGGAUCAACUCCCAACCAUCCGACAUAUUAUACACGCCGAUGCCAUUGUAUCAUUCGUCUGCCCUACUGAUAGGGUUCUUCCAUUGUGUAGACGCCGAGGCCACCUUCGCUAUUGGUCAGAAGUUCUCAACAAAGACGUUCUGGAAGGACGUACGGAAACACAACGCCACUAUAAUCCAAUACGUUGGCGAAACCUGCCGGUAUUUACUGGCAGCAAAACCCGACAUCGAUCCCACGACAGGUGAAAAUCUGGACAAGAAACACAACGUCCGCAUUGCUCUGGGUAAUGGCUUGCGCCCAGAUGUGUGGGCCAGGUUCCAGGAACGCUUCGAGAUCGAAGGCAUCGCCGAAUUCUACUCUGCCACUGAAGCUUUCGGAGGGACAUGGAAUUACUCCCGUAACGAUUUCGCGCGGGGGGCGAUAGGAAGGAACGGAUGGCUCUACGACGUCUUCCUGAAUAGGAGGCUAGCGAUUGUAGAACGUGAUCACGAAACGGACGAGCCGUACAGAGAUCCCAAGACGGGGUUCUGCGUCGCCGUCCCCCGUGGCGGAGUUGGGGAACUACUCUAUGUAUUGCCGGAGGACACGGAACAAUCUUUCCAGGGAUACUAUAACAACGCCAAGGCGACGAAUAGCAAGAUCAUCCGAGACAUUUUCAAGAAGGGCGACAAGUAUUUCCGAACAGGCGACCUUGUCAGCUGGGACUCGGAAGGGCGGACGUAUUUCCACGACCGCAUCGGCGACACAUUCCGGUGGAAGAGCGAGAACGUGGCGACGACCGAAGUCAGUGCCACGAUAGGUUUACAUCCGGCAGUUGAGGAGGCCAAUGUUUACGGCGUCCAGUUGCCGCAUCACGACGGCCGGGCGGGCUGCGCAGCGAUCGCGCUUAAGAGUGCGCCUGAUGAGAUGCUCCUUCAAUCGCUGGCUGAGUAUGCGAGAGCCAAACUCCCCAAAUACGCUGUGCCGAUCUUCCUGCGUCUCGGGAAGGGACUGUCUGCCGCCAUCACGGGCACCAACAAGCAGCAGAAGCACACUCUUAGGGUAGAAGGCGUCGACCCUACAAAAGUCGGCGACGAUGAGCUGUACUGGCUCAAGGGCGACACGUAUGUCAGAUUUGGCAAAGAGGACUGGGAUCGACUGAAUGCCGGUCAAGUCAAGUUGUAGAUGCACCACGUAAUUUUAUACUGCUUUUGCAGACUGCAUAACGCGAAGCUUUUUCGCCAGAAAUGUAUAUAUGCAUAUUAUAUAAACCAGGGCGAACAGCUUGAAGCUAUAUACGAAAUAUUGAUGUACUACACGAAACGUCUUGGCCUGGUCACACUGAUAACCCAUGGGCGUGACAUUACCGUUGAUGUUACCUAAUGUCGCUAGAGAUUAGCGCUCUAGUGCUGCAAAUACGCUGACGGUAACAGGUGGAUAACUGCAGGUGGGCAGGCAGUCAGUCAGUCCACUUACCCCGCCCCCACCACGAACUUCGAACUGCACCAUCACAUC